AGUGGCAACUCCAACAAAGCAAAAGUCAAAACAAAAACAUAAGAAGAAAUAUCAGCAGGAGCAAAAGCAGAAAUAUCGAAACCAGAAGUGCUAGCAAUAGCAGAACCAGAAGUGUAAGCAAGAGUAUUGGCAGAAACAGCAGCGAAGGCAAAAGCAGAAACAGUAUCAGAAACUGGAAGAAGAGCAGCAUCAGCAGAAUUAGAAGUCCAGGCAUAAACAGAAAUAACAUCAGUACCAGAAGUUCGAGCAGUAGCAAAAGAAGAGCCAGAAGCACCAGCAGAUGCAGAGCCAGAAGUUUUAACAGAAUUAGAAGAAGAUUCAUAAAACCGGUAAGAUGAAUACAAUAACUCCUAAUUCUCAGUUAUCCAACUUUCAGUCUCUUUCUGUUUGUUACUACAUUACGACACUUGGGAUUAUUCUUAAUACCAAUAAUCUGACAACAACCACAGUAGAAAAUGAUACAGUAACCGUUCUCAAUGCCCUUUUUGAAUAUCUAAGCAAAUCCGAAAACGAAACUGCCGCUAAAAUUCAUCUCCUCGACAAAGUAUCCAAACAAUCUGAACUGCAUUUUAACGGAUCCCUUACGGACAUAAAGAACGUUGACAAAUUCUAUCACCACAUCAUUAAUGCUGCUCUCUUUGCAUCCCAUGGAAACGUCACUAAUUACGUCACCAAAAUCUUCAAAGACAAUACCAACCUAACACUUUCCUCCUUCAAACGAAUUGUCUAUGAUGAUUUCUCUAAAAAUCAAAUCAUCAUUAACUGCACCCUCAGAAAGGUAUCAGAAAAAUUAAGUCCAAUAUCCAUUGAACGAAUCAUCCAAGACCACGUUUUACCAAUUUUUAUCAAAAUGUUUUCGAACCUAGAGACAAAACUAAUGAAUCUAAAGGAGAAGGAAUUGAAAAUAGUCAAACGUUCCAAAAGACAACCGGAAAGACACAAUUUAAACCAUCAUCUUCAGGAUUGGUUUAUUUCUAGAAUGAUAGAUACAGUAAUGCAUCAGGGCGCUGAACAUAUCUCAGAUGUAGAUAAGAAUUUAUUUCUGCUUUUGCUAGCCUCACUAGCUAUUAGGCAACAUAACGAACCAUGGAUGAUAGAUCCAAUUGAACUCUGGCUUUGUGAACCGUUAACUAAUUCAACAAUUCCUGAUCAAAUUGCACAAUUAGAUGAGUUCUAUGGUCGUCCAGUAUUAUUUAAUGACAUUAAAAUACUAACAACAGAACCAGGUGGUGAGAUGCCAUUUCCAAGAACACGAGCAAUUUCUUAUUCUGUACACGCAUUCAAACUUUCUCAUGUUAGAAGUGAUUCACAAUAUGGAUUUAUCGACUUGGAUGGAUAUAAUCCAGAUUUCAGAAAUCUGUACCUAACAAUUCCUGCCUUACCGUUUGAUUUGAUAAAUUUGUCACAAUCAAACGAGGGCAAUAAAGAAAUAUUACAUAUUGAAUUGAAAAGGAAACGUUUACUUUUACCCACGUGGUAUACUUAUUUAAGGCACAAAGCUGACAGUUCAUUUAAGCGCUUAUUAAAUGAAUUCCUUUUUGACAUGGCAGGCAACGCAACGAAUCAGAAUACUACAUCUGUUUUAACUUCAAACAGGAAUAUAUUUACCCAUUUAUUAAGUAAGAUAGCAACUUUGCAAAUGAACCAAGAAUGGAUGAGGGCUCCAAUUCAACUCUGGCUUUGUGAAACAUUAACUAAUACAGAAUAUAUUGAACAGCUCGCAAAUGCAGUACAUUCAAAGGGAACUUUAUUUUCCUUUAAUGACAUUAAAAUGCUAACAGAUAGAUACAGUUACGAUUCACUAUUUCCAAAAAUAGAACCAAAUUCUGAUCCGAAUUACAUAAUUUACAAUAUUAAAAGUAAUUCGCAAUAUGGAUUUGUCGACUUGUAUAAUUAUAAUGCAGCUUUCUUAAAUCGAUACAUAACAUUCCCCGAUGUUAGUUUUACAGUUAUUGAUACAUCUUUAACACACAUGGGUAACAAAUCAAUAAUAUAUAUUGAAUUGCUAAGAAAUAAUCUAUCUCAACACACAUGGUCUCGUAAUAUGAGGUCCAAAAAUUCUGAUUGGGAUACAGAUGUUUCUAAUUUUUUGGUUUACUUAGAUUCAGAAGAUAGUGAUGAUUUAGCAAUUUAAGAAGGAAGCAUUUCCCAUUCCUGUAUUUUGAAUAGCAGAAAAAAUAAAAGCUUUCAAAUUAUAAAAAAAAGUAUACUAAAAUUAAAAAUUUGCUGUCUAAAAUAUUUUAAAGUUGAAAAUUUAAAAAAAAGAAAGAAAAAAUUGAAAAACAGAUAAAAAUAUCCGAAAAUUUUGAUAAAUUUUAAAAACACGUGCAAAAAUAUUAAAAUUGUAUAAAUGAUAGCCAACGGAUAUUAAAUUUUUCUCGGAUAGAUAAGAAUAAAGAACUUUUUAUAUUGGAAUUUAAAACUCUUUUGUCUUCUUACGAAAAAAAAAAAUUAUACACUAUAUUAAAAUUAAUACAUAAGAAUUAAUUUAAUUAAUUAAUUAAUAAUAUUACUUCUUUAGUUAAUCACAAUUUUUAAUUUU